AGCGACCAAAGAACCAACGGCAUCUGGCAUCUUUCUCGAUAGCUGGAAUGGCCAGCUUCUGGACGCAGGGAUAAAUGACAUACUGCCCCUAGUCGAGCGAGUCUUGCUUGAUAUGAUACUACCGAGCUCGUCCAUGGGAUCUGUGUUGUCUAGUACCGCGGCUCCUCACCCCCUAGGUUCUCCGAGCCCAUGGCAUUGGUUAGCAGGCCUGGAUUUUUGGGGAGGGUCAAAUUAUCAGUAGCACAGCGUUGUCGUGGAAGCGGACGACCCAACGCCACGGCGGCGGAGCAAAUGUUGUCAAAGAGUCUGGGAGGGAUGAGCCUUUGCGCAACAGCAGCAAAGUCGCACAACAGCAAUCAUCCGCCUGCUGGAAGGCAAAUCAACGACCAACCAAAAGGGGCUGCCAUGUCUCGCCGUGGACCCGGGAGUAGGAUAAGACAAUGGUUUGCUCCGGCAACGCUGCCCUAUAUCGUCCGAAUCGGAAGCAGAGUGGUAAACCCUGCGUACCACGCUUCGAAAAGUCCCGGUGUCUUUCAGCGAUAUUAUCUUGACUCCUCUUUUGGGCUUCCUUUGCCGUGGCUUCGGACUGUACAAGCAUACAGGUAUACAUGCGGUUGUGUUCGCAUAGCAUCACUUAUGGAUUUAGAAUCUGAAAAAUGACCCCUUUGGUUAGCUAGAAUGUAGGACAGCGAGAUCACCUAUAUAAUCCUGGGUAUCUAAGUACUGUUGGGCUUGGGUCAGAU